ACGAUGCCAACACCUGCAGCAGCACAGUGCCAACCACAGCCUCUCCACUAACACAAUGAUGACCAAGUGUAUGGCGCUGCUCACCCUCAGCUUGCUGGGAGUGACGUACGGUCAGGUAGGAUAUAACCAGCCGCCUCCUCCUCCUGCCUACUCCUACGGCGCCCCGGAGCUGAGAUCAGCCGCCUCCAGCCUGGUGGAGGAGGAAGACCCCAUAGCCGCCCUGGCUGCCCUCAUCCCCGGCGGCGGCGUCCCUGGUGAAGACUACCCGAUCCUGGCCUCUGUACCCGACACCGGCUUCUCCUGCGAGCAACAGGAGUUCCCAGGUUACUUCGCUGACACCGCCGACGAGGCCGGCUGCCAGGUCUUCCACAUCUGUCAGUUCGACGGCCGCCAGGACUCCUUCCUGUGUCCCAACGGCACCAUCUUCAACCAGCAGUACUUCGUGUGUGACUGGUGGUUCAACGUGGACUGUGCCGCCUCACAACAGUUCUUCGGCCUCAACGCUGAGAUCGGCAAGAUCCCUGAAGACGCUGUCGCUUCCUUCCGCAGUGACGUUGUGGCGCCCAGCCAGCAGUACGGCGCCCCCCAGCAGCGUCAGUCUGCCCCAGCACCACCCCCAACCCCGUCACAGUUCUACAACAGCCCCAACAGGUUGUAACUCCACACUGGCUCCACCACUGUACCACCGCCUUGUGGUGUGCCGACUUAGUCCUACAGCUUCCCUUUAGUUUAUGAACAGUAAUUUACGUCAUUUCUGUAUCUCAUAAAUUUGACUCUUUAACACUUCAUCUUCACCUUCCUCCGUGAACGCCUUCGCUGUGGUGCUGCUCGAUCAAAGGAAUUUAUUUAUCGAAAUGUAUAUAAAUAUGUAUUAUGCAAAUAAAAAAGAUAUAUAAA